GCAAACCCCCGGAGUAUGCUCAGAGCCCUGUCUCUCGCUCCCGCCUGGGGUCGUUUCCAGUCCACUCCACUCCGUCAGGAUCCACUUUAGAUACAACCUCAGUCCCGACGUCCUAGUCCAGCUCGGCCGCACGAAGUGCUGCACUGUUUUACUGCACCGCUGUAGAUACCUCCCGGCGCGCGCUUGACCGAGCCCUACUGGAGUCACCGUGUACCAUUCGCGCAUCAUAUAUCUCGAGUCUUUGGCCACGCCACGGGGCAGGCAAUCAAUCUAUCAAUCAAUCUAUCUAUCCACCAGUGAAUCAAUCAAGCAAGCAAGCAAGCAAGCAAGCAAGCGAUACUUGGAUCUUCCUUCCCUGUCGGUGCAAGACUCUUCACUACGCAUUUAUGGCUGGAACAAUGCCCAUUUCCUCGCCGUCGCACUUCUUGGGCUCUGCUGUGGCGAGUCCAGUGUCAGCAAACCCUCCCAAGAAACCCGCACAGAAGAAGAAAGAGACCCGCCAACCAGUCGAGGCUGCUGGCACCAAGAGGAAGCAGUCCAAAAGCCGAAAUGGAUGCGUAACAUGUAAAGCCAAACGUUUAAAGUGCGAUGAGACGAAGCCAACCUGUCAACAAUGUGCGAGACGAACCGUGGCGUGCGGCGGCUAUAAGAAGGACUUCAAAUGGAGGCCAUUCGUAGAGACCACCUUCGCUACGGCGGGGAAGCCGCCUGCGAAAGCGACGAAAGCUGCACCACCACCGAGCUUUGUCACCACAGCACCAUCCGCCAGUUUGCCUGCCGCACAUGAGCCUGUUUUCCAUUUUCAAGCUCAAGCUCAACCUCAACCUCAAAUUCAGCGUCAUUUUCAACAGACCCAACCUCAUCACAGCUUCGAUUCCCUACAGGAUGCACAUUAUCGUCCUGUACGGUCGCAGCUUUCUGUGCAUCCGCUAUCCCCAGUAUCCAACAAUGUAGCACCAGUACCACGACCCAUCACCAGCAUGUACCCUAACACUCCGACCUCACCCUAUUUACUUGUCCCCGCUCCCACAUCUCCAGUCGAAAAGGUCAUAUCAGGCUCUAUCGGAAGCAGCAGCAGUGCAUUUGAGUCAGAGAGCGUCGGCACACAUCACACUACAAUAACAACAUCAUCGAGUGUAUCGCCAGGACAGUCGCCACGUUUGGUCGAUUUGCUGAUCCCUGGAACGGACUUGAGUGUACCACCAGAAGAAUACUCGUUAUUUCGAGAGCAGCAUGAAUCUUUCUAUCAGCCCACGGGCCUCACACCACCUGCAAAUACGACUGGUGAUGACGAAGACAUAGAGGAAGUUCCUCGGAUCGCAUUCUCCGACUGGAAACUAUCGUCGAUGCGCCUUGGUUCUCAAACCCCUUCCGAUUCUUCUAGCACCCGUUCCGAUUCACCGAAGAUUCCACUUUAUAAAACACCCCAGCCAACGUCGACAGAAAUGUUGACGCGACACUUUGAUCGAGAAACAUGUGGUAUACUCUCUGUCAAGGAUGGUCCGACUGAGAACCCCUGGCGGACGCUCAUCUGGCCGCUUGCAAGGGAAUGUUCAGCUUUGUACCACGCUAUAGUUUCCAUGACAUCGUUCCACCAAUCCCGAGACACGCCUGCGCUUCGCAUACAAGGGAUAGAUCACAUGCGAAAUGCAGUUCAUGCAUUGGGAGCUGGCUUGGAAAAUAUGCGCGUGGACGCAGCCAUCUCGACCACUCUAGUACUAGCGUUUUCGGAAUCCUGGGAUCAGCAUAUCAGCACCGGCAUCAACCACAUCAAAGGCGCUAAAAUGCUCAUCGAUAAGGCGCUCGUACAACAUAGCAAGAGACGGAUGUGUGGCGAAGAACUUUCCAGACUACAGUUUCUGUGUAAUACAUGGACGUACAUGGAUGUGAUUGCCCGUUUGACGUCUACCGAUGGUGAUGAGUCAAGCGACUACGACUCCGUCUUUGACAGUUUCAACAUGGGUUGUCAAAGCGAUGCGCAGCUUGAUCCACUCAUGGGAUGUGCCAGUACUUUGUUCCCACUGAUCGGUCGAGUGGCCAAUAUUGUGAGGAGAGUGAGGCAGACACAUGGGAGUUAUAACAGUCCAGCCAUCAUCUCGCAAGCCAUGGAACUCAAGAAGCAACUGGAGACCUGGAUGCCUCCUUCAUACAUUGAAGAUCCUGAAGACGAGACGACAAGUCCUCACGAUUCCAUCAAAACUGCAUUUGCUUACCAGUACGCAACAUUGCUUUACCUACACCAGGCCAUUUGUCGUGAGAUUGCGACUAUUUCCCCAACUUCCCGAUCCACGAUUGUGCACAUCUUCCCUCUCAUGGCUGCCGGAUGUGAGGUGGUCAGUAAGAGUGAUCGGCAGUGGGUCCGCGAGCGUUGGGAGAUGAUGGCCCAGAGGAUGAAGAUCGGCAUAAUCGAGAAAUGUAUCGAUGUGACUAGAGAAGUCUGGGCGCGCCGCGAUGCCUUCAACGCCGGCGACUCCAUUUUCGAAUCUGACGAUACGGGGAACAAUCCGCCAUCGCCCUCGCUCAAGCGCAAUUCUAGUUCCAUCUCUUCUGAUGACUUUGAUACUGAAACUGACGGCAACCUUGGGUGGCUCGAAAAUAGUUCCAAAAGAAGAGCAAGCGGUCUUUCUGCUCGCGGCGAGUACGCGACCAACCUCAUCAAAUCGGAGAUGAGUAGUAGACAUUUCAGGUCGGACACUAUUGGGACCGAGGAUUUACUGGUUGAGUUCACGGUCAAGGGAAGGUUACAUUGGCUUGGAGUUAUGACUGAUUGGAACUGGGAAGUUUUGCUCGGAUGA